GGAAAACAAAUCUAAAGGACAAGAACUUGCAAUUUUUAAAAUCAGUAUCUCAUGAUUGUUUGGGUGUGACAGGGUAUGUCUGGAGAAUCUGGCACUAAAGGACAGGUGAGUUGUGUAUGAUCAUGUGUUAAGUAAAUAUACACUUCAUGCACUUGUAUGUGUUUGCAGCACAGAGUGAGGAGACCUUGGACAUAAUGGUCCAACAUGGAGACUCUGGGAAGCCAGGUGAUGUAGGACCCCCUGGACUGCCUGGUCCUCGGGGGUUGAACGGCAUGAGCGGUGUGCAUGGCAGGCCGGGUAUUGAGGGUCCACCGGGACAAGAUAUAUCUGACCAGCAUAUUAUUGAUGUGGUAUAAAGAAUGUUGCAAGAGAGGCUGGCAGCAGUAGCAGUGAGCACUACAAGGGCUACGCCGUUGAACAACCGGCUAUUCUGGUCCUCCGUGAUUAAUGGUUCCACAAGGACCACAUGGUUUGCCUGGUUCCCGAAGAAUUCCUGGAACGAUGGGAGCUGACAGACGGAUUGGAAACACAGGUCUUAAAGACUUUGCAAGGCCUCAGCUUCUGCCCGUGUGAGAUUGGGCGCAACCGCGAGGGCGCAACCCGAGAGGAGCGAUGGGUGCUCGUCCGCCGAGACCAGCGCGUGGACCUCCGGCGGCAGAAGACCAGGUCAAAUUUGACCUGGUGGUGCCACUCGGAACUGAGGCUGGUGGACGGAACGAAGCUGAGGCCUUUGUCGAGGAGGGAGCGCUGCGACGAGGAUGGCCUCUGCGUGGCGGAAGUUGGCCCCCGGGUAGCUGUCCAUCUGGAGGUCCUGGAGACCAGUGGAUGGAAGGAGACUGAUAUUGGAGUCCCCGAUCACCAGGACCUUCCUAUGAACAGACAGAAAAGAACGAGGACCAGCUAGCCCGCGCCUCCGGAGCGGAAGUGUCCGGAACGGGCGUGACUGGAGGAGGAGUGUCUACAAGAGGCACGUCCGGCAGAGGUGCGUCCGGGAGGGGCGCGUCCAGGAGUGAGGAAGUCGGCGUAGGUGGUCUCGGUUGGUCAGAACCAAGUUGGGACCAACUUGGAGGCGUGUCCAGGGGCAGCUGGGACCACCCUGGGUGCACUACCGGGGGUGACGCCGGCUGCUCAGGUAGCGGUGGCGCCUCGGAAAGCGCAGGGGGGACCCCGACCUCGGUCUCGACACGCCCAGACGGCCCGGGUGGCGGGACCAGGGGAGCCUGAGCAAUGGAGUAGUCAGGAGGACUACUACUGGGCUCCAGGGGGCGUGUCGCUCUCUGGGGCCUGGAUGGUGCUGCAGCCAGAGAGGAAGGUGACAACGCCGGGAAGGGGACCGGGGUGACCUGUCCCCGAGGACCCGGAACAUGUUCCACCACCGGGGACCAAUCUCCGCCCAUAGGGUCGGUCAUAGUGGAGACCGUGGCGCGUGCAGGAGCGUGCUGGGUUGGAACCGGCAGGGUCCGCGAGGGUUGCACCGGGGGGUGCACUGCAUCCACCACCAUUCGGGUGCUGGACGGGUCCAAGCGGACUGGUGACCCCGUCUGCUGCGAUCGUGCGGGACUACCCCCCUCGUCCCCGGCACGAGCGUCGACACAGAUCGAGAUAACCAGACCCUCGGCCAGCCGAAGUGUCUCGGCAGUCAAUCUGCGUCCCAGGUGUGUCUUGGCCCACGCCGAGGCCACCUGGAACGGGUCCUGCCAGUUUUGUCCAAUAAAGACACUCAAUUUACUAA